CACUGACCACCAGAGAGCAGAGCUUAGACUCGACAAUGUGGAACCAACGCUCCAUAAUCGCCGCUACUAAUGGCAGAAACGCCUACUACCAUCUCCUAGCCUUUUCACUUGUUUAGCUUGAGCCUGGCCUCGACAUUUGUACGGUUUCAGAAUUCGGAGAACCCGAAAUUUUUAGUACGAGCUCUGUCCGCCUUAAUAGAUCCGUUUGCGAAACUAUCACACAAGUUCGCGCUACUAACGUUCCCGUGAGAGGCCCAAUGGCGGCAGACGGUUGCCAUUCCUCAUGAGCCGCUUGUCCGACCGAGUCGUUCCCCAGCAUGAAGCCAUCCCUAGUCUACUCUCUCCUCCUCCUCUUCUUUCUCCCAGCCCCCUCUAACCGCCUUGUCGCUUCCGUCAAGAUCAGGCCGUCGCAGGAGGACGCAUUAUUAGCCCUCAAGAGCGCUUAUAGCGGAUUCGCCGGCUCCACCUCGUGGGCGAAAGGCGCUGACUGCUCCAAGUGGGCUGGCGUCACGUGCGGGCCCGUGGGGAACGUUCUCCGCCUCUCUUUAAACAGUUCCGGUAUUAAGACCCCCGUCGCGGGAAUACACUCCAGCUUAUCGGGUCUCUCGCAUCUGCAAACGUUGAAUCUCGCGAAUAACGCCCUGCUAGGCCCGCUCACGACGACUCUCUCUAAGCUGACUCGCUUGCAGCACCUAGACCUCUCGAGCAACCUCUUCAACAAGAACCCUAACUACAUCUGGGGACUCACGCAACUCACUUACCUCGACAUCUCUAAGACGCUCGUCAGCGGCCCGCUCUCCCCGUCCAUCGGCGCGCUUACCAACCUCGAGGUUCUCAACGUCUCCAACACUUACCUCGCAGGCGCCAUUCCCGACGAGUUCAGCAGCCUCGUGAAGCUGCGAUUCGCGCACUUCGACAAAUGCUUCUUCACGGACCUGCCGGCCAUGUUCCCGGAAUUCGACAGCAGCGCGUCUAAUCUGACAUUCUCGGCGAGCGUCAACCUGCUAGCCGACAUGCCAAUCACGUUCCCCGCGUCGGGCUCGGGGGUCGCCUCGAUGGACUUGGCGGGAAACCGGAUCGCGUCGCUCCCGACGGAGAUCGUGCUGAUGAGCGACCUGACGAGCCUGAACCUGGCGGGAAACGGCAUCGUGGGACAGAUGUCGGACUAUGACUGGCCGAUUCUGGAGAACAUCGUAGGGCUGUUCUUCGGGCGAAACCUCCUGGAAGGCAAGGUUCCCGUGUCCAUAAGCACGCUCACUAAGCUGAAAUACUUCCAUUUCGGGGCCAACGCGCUCAAAGGAAGCCUACCCGAAGAGCUGGGGAACCUGUCAGAGCUCCUAAGCCUGGAUCUUAGCAGUAAUGCGGACCUAGGAGGCUAUUUCCCGGUCAGCAUCAACGACCUGCCGAAUCUGACCCGGCUGGUGCUGUCUGGCGACAGCUUCACCGGGCCUCUGCCUCAGCCGUUCCUGGGAGCUGUGAGCAGCUUCGUUCUAGACGUCCGGAACAACUCGUUCUCUGGGUCUCCCAUUAUCCAGGGUGUUUGCCCCGCGGAUUACCCCACGCGGCUGAAGGUGGAGCUGAACUGCCUGGAUGUGCUGCCCGACUGUGAAACCACCCAGGCCCAGUGCUCCUGACCGCGUUGGGUCUGGUGGAGUGGGAAGGGAGGAGGGACUGCCGCGUGGCGGCAGAGGAGGGGGUGGCAGGCACAGAAGGAGGGGCGCAGAGGAGGAGAGCACAAGGGGAGGUGCAGGGAGGGGGGCACAGGGAGGGGAGGCACACGGAGGGGAGGCACAGGGAGAGGAGGCACAGGGAGUGGAUGCACAGGGAGGGGAGGCACAGGGAGGGAAGGCACGGGGAGGGGAGGCACAGGGGAGUGGAGGUACAUGGGUGGAGAGCGGGCUGUGAGACAAACGGGGUGGACCUGGGUCAGCAGAAGAGGGAUGCUAGACAACGCAGGUCGUACGGCAGGCAGCAGGCAUCACACAUCCCCCAGUUCUUAUUCCAUUUUAUAGAAGAGGCCGCAGUUAUGUUGCUGCGCCAGCUCUGAAAGCAGCUGGAAAUAACUAGGGGCCUCUAAGAUUGCAUCGAAUUGCAAACCAAGUGGAAUGGGACCAACUUUCCCCUAUGCGUAUUUUAUCAUCGGUUGUGUAUUGUAUGUUGAUUCC